CCGCACGACCCUUAAGGAGAAAAGUGAGGAGGUCUCUGCCCUCUGAUCGGAAACUAAGCAUCUCAAAAAGGACUUCACGGAUCUGAAAGAGGAGUUUUUUGGUAUGCGGAACAAGCGGGGUGCGGCAGUUGUAACGGAAACUAGCCAACCUGAGGAAUCACCCGCAGGGAAGCAGCGGGCAGAUCCUUCAACCACGACAAUGUAUACGCCGAAGGAUUUGGAGGCUUUGCGGAAGGCAUAUAAGGCGGCGCUGGUUGGGAAGGAGAUGGCAAUCAAGGAGGCUGAAAAACUCAAGGAACGCAUGGCAAACAUGGAUGCAUCCAGGGUGCGGAUAUCGACGCGGAAGACUGCAAUGAAGAAAACGACCCCUCGCAAUCUAAAAAUGAGUUUUUACGCGGUGGAAGUGGAAGCGGACGAGGAAGGGAAGGAGAAGCAAAGAGAGUCAGUCAACGGUAGAUUGCGAAGUAUCGUAGAUGUAACACACGAUUUGGAGGUGGCGAAGAUGGCGGGGUUCCGUGAAAGCAUGCUUAAAGAACUUCGUCGGGCAAAGAAGCAAGACAUGGAGGAGAUUUGCAUGGAGGAGGGUAUCACGUAUAUCAAGUUGAACCAGGCCAAAGCGGACGUGGCCGAGAUCAAGGCUAGUCGUAAUUACGCAGCGUGGCUGAAAGAGAAAGACAAGGAACCUCAGGAUGAGGAUAACGCUGACCAACAGUACGCCACGUCCAACGAAGAUGCCGGAGAUGAGUGAGGACACUUCCUAAGUGCGUGACAUCUUCGUGAGAUGACUCUUUUCUACCGUGAUUUUUAUAAUGUGCUACCAAUAGA